GAGGACACCAUCCAGAACCUUCAACGGUUGAGUCAGAGGAACAUCCAACAGCUGAGCCAGGACAUUUUGGAAUCCACGCUUUUAUGACAAAGAGCACUGAAGCCCCUGAAAAGACAAACGGCACUGAUUCAUCAUCAUCAGAAAGUGACGAAGAUUCUUCAGACACUUCCRACUCAGACCACUCUGAAUCUGAUUCAGAGUCUGAGGAGACGGAGGAAGACAGCAACAGUCAGGACAAAUCUGAGGACAAGAGCGACGAAAAGGAGAGCCAUGAAGAUGGAAGCAAGUCGGACUCUGAGAGUGGAAAGUGACAGCGUUGAAAAAACUAAGGAGUCCGAAAGUGACAGCGAUGAAAAAACCGAGGAGUCUACAUCUGACAGUGGCAGUGAUGAAAAAGCUAAGGAGUCUUCAUCAGAAAGUGACAGUGAUGAAAAAGAUAAGGUGUCUACAUCUGAAAGUGACAGUGAUGAAAAAGAUAAGGAGUCUACAUCAGAAAGUGACAGUGGUGAAAAAGAUAAGGAGUCUACAUCUGAAAGUGACAGUGAGGAACACGAUGAGAAAAGGCCCAGCGAAGUCAUAAGCUUAAUAACGAAAGACAGCCACGAGCAGACUGAGUUCCUUAUGAUUAAAGGUGGCGACCAUGGAGAGUUGGGAGUCAAACCAAAAGAAAGCGAUGAAAGCAAAGAUGAGUCCGAUUCCAAGUCCUCUGAAAAUGAUGAAAGCAAAGAUGAGCUUGACUCCAAGUCAACUGAAAGCGAAGAAAGCAAAGAUGAGUCUGACUCCAAGUCAUCUGACAGUCAUGAACCAAGUGAGGAGUCUGAAUCUGACAUGAAGAAAGAUGAUCCUGAGAGCGACGAGCAUCACCGUCACUCUGAGGAGUCUGAGUCGGACGAAACCAAAGAGGAUGACGAUGACGACGAAGAGGAAGAGGAGAAACACGAGAAACACGAAAAACACGAGAAACACGAGAAAGACGAAUCCGACGAGCCCGACUCAAAAGACAGCGAGGACGCAGACGACGAGGACGAGGACGGAGAAGACGAGAGCAAGAGCAGUGAGGAAGACUCCAAAGCUACUGAGGAAGACCACGCCGCCUCAAACCACGAACAUGAAGAUGAACACGAAGACACGGAGGAAACCGAGGCCACUGAAGAGCCGACUGUAGACAGCGAGACUGCUAAGACCACCUCCCACGUCACACCUGCCUUGGUGGCCUGAACUGUGGAACCACACUGAUGUCAGAAGCAUCAGUGGAUACCAACAACAUGCUAAACUGCAUCUGAACUCCAGCUUCCUGUUCUUCUUUUUGGAGUCUCCUGUUUUAUUUUCUGAUUGCAGUUUCAUUUUGCUGCUUUAGGUUUACUCUUUAAAAGAUAUAAUUAAAAAAAAAGAAAAAAAAACAUGUCUUCCUCCUUUUUUUUAAUUCUCCGGUUGCAUCCCUCUGAUG